UCUAUUGAUUUCGCCUGCAAGUAGUUGCUAGCUGCACUCGAAGUCUCCUAAUAUUUGAAACUUUCUUCAUGAGCUUACGGGAUGUCGCUGCGAACUUUACCUAUUUUAUUUCUCAAUCUCGGGGGAGAGAUGCUUUAUAUUUUGGAUCAAAGGUUACGGGCACAGUCGAUUCCCGACGAGAAAGCGAGAAAAGUUAUGCAUGAUAUUAUUGGGACAAUGUUCAACAAGCGGUUUAUGGAAGAACUGUUUAAGCCACAAGAUACUUACUCCAAGAAAGCCAUGAGGACAGUGUUUGACAGACUAGCACAUGCGUCAAUCAUGAGACUGAACUCAGCUAGCAUGGACAAGCUGUAUGAUUUGAUGACAAUGGCUUUCAAAUAUCAGGUUUCUUUGUGUCUCCGACCCUCUGAUGUUCUCCUAGUUACCUAUAAUCACAUGGAUGCAAUAAGAAGUUUUGCUUCUGAUAACCCUGCUAUCAGUAAUCAAGUAGAAAAUGUUUACAAGCUUCUGUAUGAGACAUAUGCCAAACUGAAUGCUGGACAGUUUCAAAUUAUACGCCAGACUCUUCUUUCAUUCUUCCAGGACAUGCAUAUUAGGGUUUCAAUUUUCUUAAAAGACAAAGUUCAAAAUGCAAAUGGAAAGUUUGUUUUGCCAGCUGAUGGAGCUGUACCUUGGGAUACUGAAGUACCUGGGUCAAUCAGGUACUUAAACACUGAGGGACAAAUUUCAAGAACAAGUCACUUUGUAACAGGAUGCCGUUAUCAGCUCCCAGAUAAGCCAGGAUCUUUUGAACUUUUAGGAGAUCGAGUGAUAAAGCUUGGAAGUAACAUGUACACCGCUUCCAAAACAGUAGACACAGUAACCAGUAGUCCUGCACCAGCUGCCACUGCUGCUCUGUCUGCUGUGACAAAGAAAGCACCAGGGAGCACUGUAUCUGUUGCUUCAGUAUCAGAACCACAAGGUAACCCAAAUCCCCUUGCAAAAGCUGAGCUCAAUCUUUUGGCUCAUCUUGUUGGAGGAUCAAGUAAAAAGCCAGAAAGCCAGUUUAGAUUAAAUUUCUUCAGUACAGAUGAAGAAGAAGAGCAAGCAGCCAUCCAAAGUCACAAGGAAGCUCCUCAUAGAGUGAUCAAAAUUGAUGCUACUAAGAAGGAGCAAAGGAAAGAACUGGCUAAUCUUAUGAAUGAAUUUUCAAUUGAAGGAUCUGGAGACCGUGAAAAAGGUGACGAACUGUUAGACUUAAUGGACCAAGCGUAGAUUAUGGUCCUUCUUAGGAAGACACGUAAUAAG